AUGUUACUCUGUUACGACUUCAAGAUUGAAUACCGGCAGACGACUAAGUUUGGACAGGCGGAUGCGCUUUCAAGACUUAUUUAUGACCAGCAGAACAAAAAAGAAUCUGAAGACGUGGUGAUCGGAGGUAUCGAAAUGGACAUUGCCGCCAUACUUGAGGAAAGCGUACAAUCCCUGCCGAUCACACAUGCACAAAUUCGCGCGUGCACUGAGAAGGAUGAUACACUGGUUCAAGUUGAAAAGUUCAUCCGCGAAGCGUGGCCAAAAAAAAUUGAGAGAGAAAGUGCAUUGUGGCAUUUUUACAAUCACAAAGAUUCGCUGUCAAUCGUACAAGACUGCAUCAUGAUGCAGAAUCGCAUUGUGAUCCCGAAAAGCUUACAGAACAAGGUACUUAAAAGACUACAUGUUGGUCAUCCUGGAGUGUCAAGAAUGAAGCGGCUAGCUCGUAGCUUCGUGUAUUGGCCAAGGAUUGACAACGAAAUUGAAAGAUUAGUUAAGGAUUGUGAAGCGUGCUCAGAGUUCAACAAGGAUGCACUGAAGGCCCCGCUCCACCUGUGGGAGCCAACCACAAGGCCGUGGGAAAGAGUUCAUGCAGAUUUUGCCGGUCCCGUAGAUGGGCUCAUGUAUCUCAUAAUAGUCGACGCUUAUUCGAAGUGGCCGGAAAUUUUCGAGAUGAAAUCUGCAACAGCAAGCACCACGAUUGAAAGAUUCAUGUCUGUGUGCGCGAAAUACGGCAAUCCGCAAGUACUCGUAACAGACAAUGGGGUACAGUUCAAUUCAGAAAAAUUCGAAGACUUCUGCAGAAUUCGUGGCAUUGAACAUAUCAACUCGCCUCCGUUCCAUCCACAAUCGAACGGCCAGGCUGAGAGGUUCGUAGAUACAUUCAAGCGAACGUUCAAGAAACUCCGAAGGGAGGAACCAGCGGGAGUAGCCUUACAGACGAUGUUACAAGCGUAUAGGAGUACACCGAAACCAGACGGCAAAUCUCCCGCGGAGUUGUUCCUGGGCCGCCAAAUUCGCACAGAGUUAAGUCUACUUGUGCCUGACACUCCACCUCAACAGUCAAGAAAACCUGGUGCCUCGUACAAGAUGUACUUCGACAAACGUCAUAGAGCGAAGAUGAGGGUUUUCCGACCCGAAGAGCCAGUGUUCGCGAAAGACUACCGGACUCCGAACAGACCUAAGUGGGUACCCGGGGUCGUGAUCGAACGCAAGGGCAAAGUCCUCUAUAGG